AUGCAAAAAGAGAGAGAGAGAAAAAAAUAUCGAGGUAAUAAAGGAGCAGCUCCUUAAAAAAAAAAAAUCGGAAAUCGAGGCUGUUUGCUCCCUCUCUACUUUUCUUGUUUCUAUAGUCUCCCUUUCGUUUCGUUCAGGACGCUCACCUUCUCUUCCCGCUGAAACCGGCUGCUCUCCGGCCCUACGGAAGGGCGGAAGGGCCAGAAGGGUCAAGGUAGCGUUCCGUAGUGUUCUUCCACGGCUUGGAGGCUCGGGGAAGAAUCCGCCGUCACAUCCCCAAAGGAGAUUCUCGCAGGCUUUUUCUUUUUUUGCCUCUGCUGACGUCCUGGUUCUUUUUCCGUCAUCUUUCUUUGCUGCUCAGGACGUUUCUUCUGUUAUUUGGAGGGGAGAAGCUGUGUUUUGAGCAAGGGUUUGCUCAUCAUUCUUAUCCGCCCCAUGAAUGUUUAGGGCUAUUGAAAGGCUCCUAAAGGUAAAGGUAAAGGGACCCCUGACCAUUAGGUCCAGUUGUGACUGACUCUGGGGUUGCGGCGCUCAUCUCGCUUUAUUGGCCGAGGGAGCCGGCUUACAGCUUCCGGGUCAUGUGGCCAGCAUGACUAAGCCGCUUCUGGCAAACCAGAGCAGUGCACGUUUACCUUCCCGCCGGAGCGGUACCUAUUUAUCUACUUGCACUUUGAUGUGCUUUCGAACUGCUAGGUUGGCAGGAGCAGGGACAGAGCAACAGGAGCUUGCCCCGUUGUGGGGAUUCGAACCACUGACCUUCUGAUCGGCAAGCCCUAGGCUCUGUGGUUUAACCCACAGCACCUAGUCGUACAAUUUGUGGCGAUUUCAGAGUCUCGUCCAUUAAAAGCAGCCUCAGCAAGUUGACAAGGGCAUUGUGGCUUCUUAGGGCCGGCCCCACCCUGAGGCAAGGUGAGGGAACCAACUCGGGCGGCAGAAUCCACAGGGGCAGCAGAUCCUGAUGUAGAUCACAGAAUCAUAGAGUUGGAAGGGAAACCCAGACAAAUGGGUGGGUUGUUGUGGACUCGAACUCGCAAGCCUGAGAUUGAGUCUCAAGCUCUACUGACUGAUUUAUCCCAGGAAUCCUUUUUAUCCCCCAUCCCCUUGUUCCUGGAGUGGAUCUUCACUCACCGCUUCUUCUCUGGCAAGGAGAGGGGGCACUAUUUUGUGGUUCGCCUCAGUUGCCAAAAUUGUCUUGGGCUGGCCCUGUGUGGCGAACCAAUGCUAUUUUGGCAUGAGCUUUCAAGGAGUGGAGCCCUUCAUCAGAAUAAAAAGAGUGUGUGGUGCUUGAAUUGGUCUGUAGUACGCAAAGGCUUAUGUGCAAUAAAAUGUAUUAGUUUUUAAAAGUACUUUGGUUUUGCUGCAACUGACCAACAUAGUAGGUCCUCUGAAAUUUCAGCCAUUGAGACUCCAGUCUGUUGAUACAUGCAGCUCUGUUGAAUCAGGAUGUAAGGUUGUCAGUUCUGUUAGCCAGUUUUGGUAUUUUUUGGUGAGGAACGACUUCAGAUAUGUAUGCAAAUAGUUUUUUUGUUUGUUUGUUUUUUUAAAAAGCAGCUUUGUGGUGAGGGCUCAUUGGGGCAAAAUCCCUUCUGAAUAUAGCCUGGCUUAUUUUGACACUGCUAUGAAGCUGUAAAAUAUGUUUUAAGUGUUUUAUUGAGCUUGAAGUUACUGUAGCUAUUUGAUCAAAGGGCAUUUUUUAAAAAAACCAAUUGUUUGCAAUUAAUAGGAUAAUGCUGCAAGCUUAGCAAGAUUAAAAGAGUUUGCUUUUUUCUCAGUUGUCUUAUGUUUUUUGUUUUGCAGAUGUGGCCCGAUAAUUUUUAUGUGAGUAGUCAGUCCAGAGAAAUCCUUCAAUGUCCGCUAAGAAAUCCAGUGGAUUUGUUUCACUCUGAAACUAUUGUGAAAAUAUGUGCUCCUAUGGUUAGAUAUUCAAAGUAAGUGCCAUUUUCAGAUUGCUUCCUAUUCCCAUAUUUUCAUGGGCUGUAAUAAACAAUCCCAUCCAAGAAAAGUGUACUUAAAUUAGCUUAGCUGUGAGUACACACACAGCUUUAUUGCGGUCCAUAGUCCCAAAGUACACAGUACAGCAAUGGAAUAUAGCAACAGUUAUUGAGGUAUAAGAGCGGUCUUGCUAGCCAGCAGAGGAGCUUUAGCUUUCACUUAGCUGUGAGUACUUCGUUCUGUUUGUUAGUCACAUUUUAUCAAGGCUUUGAGCCAAUGGGUCUACUUUGAUGUGAAUGCUAAGGACUGCAGCAACUAAUUCAAGCAGGUGAGCAGUGACAGCAGCAGCAAUGGGUUGCUAGAGUGGCUGAAGCAACUGUCAAAAUUGAUAAUUUCUAAACAUUGCUAGAGGCUUCUAUACACAGUGAGGCCGAUUCACAGUCUCCUCUAGAACUUUAUCAACAAAGAAAUAUGUGUUAAGUAUUUUGCAGUUGCCUGCAGGAUAUUUCCAAUUUUGACAAUUUGGUGGGAAUGUACUUUUUAAUCAGAACUGUGCUGCACAGAUGAAACUGAAUGGUCAUCUAAUCUCUCUUUCCUUUAAUAUGGCAGCAGCUAAUGCAGGAAAGACAGCUGAACUUGGUUAUCAGAAUGAUGUCAAAUAGUUGCCUCCCUUUCUUAGAAGUACGGUGGUACCUUGGUACUCAAACGGUUUGGAUCCCGAACAAAUCGGCUCUCAAAUGUCGCAAACCCGGAAGUAAGUGUUCCGGUUUGCAAAUGCUUUUCGGAAGCCAAAUGUCCGACGUGGCUUCGCUUGAGUGCAGGAAGCUCCUGCAGCCAAUCAGAAGCCAUGCCUUGUUUUUGAACAGUUUCAGGAGUCAAAUGGACACUCAGAAUGGAUUAAGUUUGAGAACCAAGGGACGACUGUACAGUUCCUGUUAUGACAGUUGCUAACCUGGAGGGACUACAGUGGUGCCUCGCAAGAUGAAAUUAAUCCGUUCCGCGAGUCUCUUCGUCUUGCGAAGCACGUCUAUUAGUGGCUUAGCGGCUAUUAGCAGCUUAGCGGCUAUUAACGGCUUAGCGGCUUAGCGGCUAUUAACGGCUUAGCGGCUUUAAGGAAAAGGAAACAAACUCGCAAGAACUCGCAAGACGUUUCGUCUUGCAAAGCAAGCCCAUAGGGAAAUUUGUCUUGCGGAACGACUCAAAAAACGGAAAACUCUUUUGUCUUGCGCGUUUUUCGUCUUGCGAGGCAUUCGUCUUGCGAGGCACCACUGUACAGUGGUACCUCGGGUUACAGACACUUCAGUUUACAGACUCCGCUAACCCGGAAGUAGUACCUCAGGUUGAGAACUUUACCUCAGGAUGAGAAUGGAAAGCACGCCGCGGCGGCGGCACGGCAGCAGCGGGAGGACCCAUUCCCUAAAGUGGUACCUCAGGUUAAGAGCGGUUUCAGGUUAAGAACCUCCAGAACGAAUUAAGUUCUUAACCUGAGGUACUACUGUAUAGUUUUUGGCUGGAGCUGAGUCCAAGCAUGAUGGAUGGGUGCCUGGCUCUUAGCUCCUUUUGUGCUAUCAGCUCAGCUGGCUGGGCUAGAAGGUACUCAGAACACUUGCCCAGGAAUAGCCUAAUUAAAUUUUUAUAUUUUUGAGAAAUCACAUAAAAUAAAUGUUCCAGUUGCCACACAAUGAAACGUAAUGUGCCUCAGCCUGUUGAAUCAUAUGAACAUAUAAACACAACUGCUAACUCCACAAUACACGGUUUGAGAAUGGCAUUAUCUUAGCUUUUCCCCCCCUUUUGGCCACUUAUGGAAAAAGAGCAUUUGAAAGCCAUUUUAAAAAUUCAUUCUCUUUAUAUGAGAAGUGAUUCUGUUGCACUUAGUGUUGUUCGGAACAAAACACCAAAAUGACAUGCAUUUUGUUUACCCAAAAAGUGUUUUCAUUAAAAUUAGUACGAUUUGUUUCUCAGAUCUUUCGGUGUUUUUCAGAUUGCCUUUCAGAACGUUAGUCCGGAAAUACGACUGUGAUUUAUGCUACACUCCAAUGAUUGUUGCAGCUGAUUUUGUCAGAUCUGUAAAAGCUAGACACAGUGAAUUUACUACAAACCAAGGUAUUGUGUUUUCAUUUCUUCAGAUUCAUUAGAUAAAAUGCAAGGGCCACUUUGGGCCCUUUUUGAUGCUCCUUAAGCUAGGGGUCUGUAUAGAGUCCUACGAAAUUACUUUUAUUUAAGCUAAAGUCCUGUAUACAAUGAGCACUAAGACUGAGUUCUGAGUAAACAUGCAUAGGAUUGCAGCAUCACCAGAACAGCUGGUUUCCCACCUUAGUUCCGUCAAACUCCAGACAUAACUAUGUUUUGGAAAUCACAAAUUCUAACUGCCAUGCAAUAAUUGAUAAAACGCAUUUUACUACCACACACAUGGUGCUCCAGCCCAUGGCAUGUUGUUCCUCUAUCAGAAGCAGUAUUCUAUGGCACUAGGACAGUGGAGUCUGUACCCUACAUAUGUUUGCAUUUUUAUGAGGCUUGACUGCUUGAGUAAGGACAUGGAAUUAUAGAUGGUUGUUCUGGCAUAGCAGGGAACUUUUGUGGAUAAUGUUCCCAGCUUCUCCCUCCCCACUUUCUUCACUUAUUUAUUAUUAUUACAGUGGUACCUCGGGUUACAUACGCUUCAGGUUACAUACGCUUCAGGUUACAGACUCCGCUAACCCAGAAAUAGUGCUUCAGGUUAAGAACUUUGCUUCAGGAUGAGAACAGAAAUUGUGCUCCGGUGGCACGGCAGCAGCAAGAGGCCCCAUUAGCUAAAGUGGUGCUUCAGGUUAAGAACAGUUUCAGGUUAAGUACAGACCUCCGGAACGAAUUAAGUACUUAACCCGAGGUACCACUGUAUUUUGAAAAAUUAUCAAGACUUCAUGAUUUACAUCCUAAGAUAAUUGAAAUAAAUUUGUGGAAGGAAAGUUUUCCAUUUUCUCCCCCUCUUACAGCCACCUGCACCCCCUGAACACUUUCCCAGAGGCUCGUCCUGACCAAUGUAGCAUGUGGGGGGCAGGCCCUAUUCCUGCAGAAGGGAAGAAUUGCCCAAUUUUGACCUGAACCCUGCCCACUUUUCAGUGAUUUCUCCCUCUCUCAGCAGAUCCCCAUCCCAUAUUGUUCAAGAUCGUCCCUGACCCUUUGGUGGCUGGCAGAGCUGGGGUGUGUGAGAAAAGUUUUCCUCCCAUGAAUAUCCUUAAAUUAACCCUUAAAUCUUAGAAUCAGACCCAAUACAUUGUAUGUGUAUAUGUGGUGUAUUUUUCAUUAUUAUGAAAUGUCAUUUUAUCAGGUGAUCGCCCUCUGAUUGUUCAGUUUGCCGCUAAAGAUGCACACGUUCUAGCAGAAGCUGCUUGUAUCAUCAGUCCCUUUGCCGAUGGCGUAGAUGUAAAUUGUGGCUGUCCACAGAGGUAAAAUUUUAAGAAACUCAGGGAGCAAUGAGUAAACUGCACAUUUUAACUUUUUUAAUUUCAGGUAUUUAUAUCCUGCAUUUCUGGACAUAAACAAUUAAAAUAUAAAACACAAGAAAAAACAUCUCAUUGCUAUUACAAAAUGUUAAAAGAGCAGUCCAAAAACAAUACACAGCCUAGCAUCAUUUGCAUAAAAUGGAUUAAAAUGCAGAUUUGAACAAUAAAGGUACAGUUUAAACUGGUAGAGCUGCAAAAAUAGAGCUACCACUGAACAGGCCAGCCUAAUAGAUCUUAAUUGUGUGCCUACAAGGAGGGUCUCUGAGGCCAACUGUUCUGGUCCCGUGGGAUAACCAAGAGCCGAGGUCCGAGUCCAGUCCGAGGUCGAAGGUGCGAUAUGAAGGCAGUCUGUAAAAGCUGAAGCUGGGUGCAGGACAGGGAGUCAGGAGAGGUCAGGAGCGCAGGCUGGAAAGCAGGACAGGGUUCAGGCAGGAAUUGGCAACCUACAAAGCUGCUCCCGCAACUUGGGACUGGGGCUGGCUGGCUUUUAUCUGCCCCGAGGCAUAGGGCGGCCCCGAUCCUCAGGUGACUCGCCUCUCCUGGCCUGGAGGCGAGCACUCCUCCUGCAGGAACUUUGUUUCCUCCGCCUCUCUGCCCUGAACCUCUGUAGCUCAGGAGAGGCUGGAGGGUUACCGGACCCAGAGGCAACCUCAGCUUCCUCUGACGGGGCUGUGAGUGGAGCACCUGGGGGGGGGCACCAGGCGGCGCAUUGGAAGAUGGCCGACAAUAACAUCUCUCCGACCCACACGAGGUAAUAAAGAGGCUGCUAUGGGAAGUAUGCAGUCUUCCUACCCCCCCAAGGAUAUGGGGGGACAGCCUUGCCAGCAACGUCCAUAAUGCACCCCCGGAUUCGAAAGAAGGGGGUGCAGGACAUUUGGCAUCAGCCCUCGAUGGGUUUGGUGCUUCCUGACGCUGUCUCCAAUCAGCGCCCUGGUUCGCUUCAGCUCGAAAAUAUAAUUGGAAAUAUAUAAUUGGAAUGAAGCUGAAGCACUUACAUCAAGCAAAGUUCGAGAGAUAAGGCUGCUGAUUAAUGCCUCUCUGUGUUUGGAGCGACGGGAGGAGACAAAUAAAUCAAGCGAUGAACCACCAUUAUGAGACUGGUAUGUGCGGAGCGAAAAAAGAGGGGGGGUGGAGGAAAAAACUUUUAUUUUCUUUGCCUCAUGUGAGUAUUUAUAAACCUCCACCUCAGAGAGACGAAUCGUCGCCUUUUACUAAUCGCAAGCAAGAAUUUAAGAGCUGUGUGGAGUGAAUUAUUGAUUGAAGAGAGGACUGGUAAAUAUGGAGUGCGGAGGAAAAAUUCUAUGACGCAGUUUUUAAUGGCGUCUUGCUAAGACAGGCUUGUCGAAGAAAGACGAGGAGAGGAGGACCAGGGUCAUUGGAAUGUAAAUGAUGGAUUGAAUGUGAUAACCUGGCAGAGCCCCUUUGUGAUAUAUGUGGCAAGCUUGGGAAAAUUGAUAGGACGGACCGAGGAUAAAUUUUUUUGAAGAAGGGGAGGAAUGGCGGCUGACCUUACGAGAUAUGACUUUUGGAGUGUGCAAAAUCCACGCAGAUGUUGUUUGUUCUUAACCUGCUUGCGAAGACUAUCAGAGAUUGCAAAGAAAGGAAUACAUGAUAACAACAUGAAGAUGAAGAAGUAAUAAAGAGACUAUCUGGACAGAUCAGGAUAGAACCGUAUGAUAAAAGCAGUAACAGAAGUGAUGCUUUGAUUCUCGUUCGGAGCUUGAUGUAACGGUACCCCCAACAAAAUUUUAAAAUCUGGCUGUAUAAUUUGGAAGUAAUAUGAUUUGGAAAUAAUGUGAUUAGAUUGGCCUGUUAAUAAAAAUUAUGUUUUAAAAAAAGAGAGAGUGGAGCACCUGCAGGCAAUGGGUCCUCCAUCCCCUCAGGAGCCAGAGCAGACUCAGCUGGUGCCUGCACCUGAGGAUCCAGCACAGGUGAGGACCCUUCAGGCUCAAGCCCCAGCCCCGGCUCAGCUGGUUCUGGAGACGGGGACUCCUGUGCAGGCUGGGAUUCCUCAGGUUCAGAAUCUGAAUCCGAAUCCCAAGCCAUCACACCAACAGGUUUGCAUAGGUGCAGGCAACCCUCUGAAUAAUCUGGCUUCAAAUUAUAUAACUUUUUAUGAAUGCACAAUUAACGUAAUUGGGUGAUGAUUUAACUUCAGGAAGAGCAUUUCUGUGUCAACGUUUGACUGAAACCAACCAUUAAAUAGAGGCUAACUAUAAACUUAUGAGGUUGUAUCCAACAUGCCAUUCAACUUGACAGUAAGGUUUAUACCAGCAAAGCAGGUAGGGAAGCAAUUUUGGGUGAAACCCCCCCAAUAAUAUCCCUAACCCUUAAAUCUGCUCUAGAUGGUUGAGGUACACUUGUGAGCUGAUAGGUGAAGCUUUAAAGGGGAAUCACUGGAGAUAGCUUCGCUGCCCAUCCUGUAACAGAGGCCAAGCAACUCUGUUAGAUACAACCACUGAAUAUGUGCAGAAUCCUGGCUGCUUUCCAUGGGUGUUUGCAGACUGGAUUUUUUCCCAGAGGAGGCAAAGUCAAAUACUUCCGAUAAAUAAACAUAGCAUGGUAACUAGUGUUAGAGACCAUUUCUGAAGCUCUACUGACUGACAUGAGGUCUGGGUAGAUUUGACCUCUGAGAAACUUGUAUUUCUCAGUGGGUAGACAAGCAGUCCAUUUAUAGCUGGACCUGGUGUGUAGAUAAUGUUUUUCAGGCAAUGCUGGAAUCUUCAGGUCUUUCUCUGUCUCUGUUCAACUCCUCCAGCCUUCAAGGUUUGGUUGCAUCAGAAUCUCAAAAGAUAUCUUACUAAAUACACAGAAUAUGGCGAGUGCUUUGUAUUAAUAUAGGGUUUAAACUAGUGUUGCCAUAUUUCAAAAAGUAAAAACCAGGACAAGCGAAAAGGUGUUGAGCUUUGAGGUUUUUUUAGGAAGACCCCAAAAUUGUUGAGCUCCCCCCCCAAAAAAAUCAUAAAAAUUGUUGAGCUUGUUUUAGGAAACCUCCCAAAUUGCUGAGCUUUUUUAAGGAAAACCCAAAAUUUGUUAGACGAACCCCAAAGUUGUUGAGCUUUCUUUUACAAAAGCACCAGAAAACGCAACAAUUUUUCAAUUGACUUGUCUAAGAUCCAGGGCAAAGCACUGCCUUUCGGAAAUUCCCCAGGACGUCAAUUCUGCCUCUGAAAUCCCAAUAAUGUCCAGGAGUAUCCAGACGUAUGGCAGCCCUAGUUUCAUCCUUCUAUAACAAAGGAAACUUGUUAGAAUAUUAGUCUGGAUUUCCUGAAACCCUCAUGUCAUUAUUUUGCUUCCUCACAAGAAUGAGAAAAGGAAAAAUUAAGCCAUCUAUUCUAAUAUGCAAACAUUAUUUUGCUAUUUCAAUUCAAGGUGGGCUAUGGCAGAAGGUUUUGGUGCCUGCUUAAUAAACAAACCAGAACUGGUGCAAGAGAUGGUGAGGCUGGUAAGAAAUCAAGUGGAAAACCCCAUGUUUUCAGUAUCUAUUAAGAUAAGGUAAGUUUUGAUACCACCUACAUAAAAAAAUACAUUAAAUGUGUAAUUGACCAAGUGUAGAGGAAGUUCCUUACUUGUCACUCAGCCAAACCUACCUCUCAGGACUUUUGUCAGGAUAAAAUGAAAGGGAGGGGGUGUUAUUUCAUUAAUUUAUUAAUUACCUUUCACAUAAGUCUCAAGACACUCUAAAAGCAAACAAUAACAACUAAAAUAGAUUAAAAACAUUUAAUUAAUGAGUUGAAAUAUAAUUCUUAAAUUUUUGAACAUUCCCCAUUUGUUCCUUGGUUCUCAACUCUGUGCCAUUUUUUCAUGCCAUUCAGAUAAUACAUGCUGAAUUUUGAUGUUUUUGUUACUUGUAAUGCUAGGAUUCAUGAUGACCUAAAGAGAACUGUAGACCUGUGUCAAAAAGCGGAAGCAGCUGGAGUGUCCUGGAUUACAGUCCAUGGGAGAAAUGUAGAAGAAAGACACCAGCCAGUACACUAUGAUGCAAUUAAAAUAAUUAAACAAAGUAUGUCUAUACCGGUUAUAGCUAAUGGUGACAUUAAAUCUUUAAAAGAUGUGAAGGACGUUCAUCAAAAAACAGGAACAGAUGGUAAGAACAACUUGUGGGCUCAUUUGGGCUCUGCCCUCUCAAUAAAUGGGAAAUAUAUGUGUAUAUUUUAUCCCUGGCAUUAAACUUGAAUUGUUUGCAAGAAAUGAGUUAAGAUGGAAGGUAGUUUUAAUGGAUUGGUUCACUUAGUAUCCAUUAAGCAAUGUUUCUAAAGCUACAGUCCUACGCCCACUUACCUGGGAGGAAGUCCCAUAGAAAACUGAGGAAUUUACUUGCAAGUAAACAGGCGUAGGAUGGCACUGUUAAACUACAAUUCUAAGCAGAGCUACUGAGGAGUAAACGCCAUUGAACUUGGGAGCAGUUACCUCCAAGUAAACAUGCAUAAGAUUUCACUGUAAGACAAGUAAAGGUGUGAAAACAUAAAAGUGUAGCAUACAGGGAGGUCAAAAAGUAAAUAUGUGAACUAGAACAGAGUGACUAAACAUAAAAUAUGCAUAUAUCAACUGUAGCAGAUGGAAAAGUUAUCUGGCAGCCAUGCGGGAAAGUGAUCUUGCGACAGAGAUUAUCGCUUUAUUUUUCACUGCGAAAGAACUGAGGACAAAAUUAACUUUAGGUCAGAGUUAUAAGUAUGUUAAUAAGUGCGGUUGUAAUUGAAAGCAAAAAAAAAAACUGUGUUCACAGUAUUUCUAAAUUGGACCGAUGUGGGGCUGAAAUAUAUUUAGAUGACCUAGGACUUAAUUUGGCACUGUACAUGCUGGAGACUCAAAGUGCCUUACAAAAAUUUCCACUGUGUUGCAAUACAGUCUUAUGCAUGUUUACUUAGAAGUAACUCCCACUGUUUUCAAUAGAAAUUGCUCACAGGUAAGUGUUUGGAGUGCAGCUGUAAUAUCUGAAGAAGCAGUCCCUUUUACUUAUUCAUCUCCCAAAUUACAUCCUCUCUUCCCAUUUCCAGUCUGUUCCAUCUUUCCUUUGUUCUUACUUUCUUUCCCUCCCUCCCUCCCUCCCAUUUAGACAUAUAACCAAAGCCUUUUGUUAAGCCCUGCUGACAAAAAUGCCACUGUCAUAUUAUUAGACUUGCACCUUCUAAGGGUAUCUGAUUUAACUAAACUCCCAUGGUAAUGUGUCCAACACAGGGCCUUUAAACAAAUAAGAUAAAUUAUGUGUAGUUUUAAUUUAUUGUUUGUAUUCCUUUCCAUGCUAGGUAUCAUGGUUGCUAGGGGGCUUUUAGCCAAUCCUGCCAUGUUUGCAGGCUAUGAAGAAACGCCUCUGCGGUGCCUGCAAGACUGGGUCGAUAUUGCUCUUGAACAUGGGACUCCUUUUGCAUGCUUUCACCACCAUUUGAUGUACAUGCUGGAAAGGAUUACUUCAAAGCAAGAAAAGAAAGUUUUCAAUGUUUUAUCAAGUACAUCGGCUGUUUUAGACUACCUUAGAAAUAACUACGGUGUGCACUAACUUUAAAAUAUAAAGACUUCGAUUUCAUUGUUCUACAAUGGGACGUUAAACUCAGAAUAUUUUAUUUUCUAUAUGAAAAAUGUUUUUAUCUCCGAAUUGUUCUUACCGGAGUCCCUCAGAUGAAUGUAUUUACAAUGUUUUAACAUGUUCUUAAUAAUAAAGCUGUACAAAUGUUGCAUAGGACACAGUCGUGCCUGAAAUUAUUAAAGUCCGUGCAAUAUCACUUCAUGUUGACAUUCGUUUCAAUAGGGUGUACUCGAGACCUGUAGCUAAUAGCCAAUUUAAAAUCUUCAGUGAUCAUUUAGUUACGUAUAGUUCCUUCAAAGUGAUAUCUGUAAGAUUUUUGGAACCAAGCACUCCUUUGGUGUCCUACGUGUAUCUGACAUGGAAUACAUGCGGCUUAUUAAACAAUGGAAUAAAAAACGGUUGAAAAAUACAUUUUACUAAGAGAUUUGAAAAAAGAUGGUACGUUUAAGUGAUCUGAGAAGGAGUUUCAAUGAGAAAGGAUAGGGAUAGAGAUAACUGCCCUCCUGGCUAUGGGGCAGGUCAGGUUGGUAGAUCUGGAGCAGGGCAGUCAUGGUAUGGUGGUAUGAGACCCAGGCCUUCUCUAUAUAUGCGAGACAUACAACUUUUUAACCCAGGAAAAUCUCAAAAGUUGGGGGUCGUCUUAUACGGCGAGUAUAUCCCAAACUCUAUAUUUUAACUGGACUUACAUCAUAGGAGCCUACACAACACAAAACACUGUUGUUGUAUGUAGGUUUUCUUUUGUUUUUUAUCUUCUCUUAUAUUUUGGAAAUGUACAUCCAGUUUUUUCCCUUUAAUUUUUUUAGGGGCCCCCAAGAGUGUGGGGCCCUAUGCCAGGCUUCCUCAACCUCGGCCCUCCAGAUGUUUUCAAACUACAAUUCCCAUCAUCCCUAACCACUGGUCCUGCUAGCUAGGGAUCAUGGGAGUUGUAGGCAAAAAACAUCUGGAGGGCCACAGGUUGAAGAAUCCUGCCCUAAGCUAUAGCUUGUUUAGCUUAUACGUAAAUCUGGCACUGUAUAGGGCGGUAUAUAAAUUCAAUCAAUAAGUAAAAUAAAUAAUAAUAGCCAGUGAAUGCAGAGGCUGUAAGUUUUAAACCAGGUAUCCCCAAACUCGGCCCUCCAGAUGUUUUGGGGCUACAAUUCCCAACAUCCCUGACCUUUUUAUGAAUGGGUGGGAUUUGUGCUGCAAAAAGAGGACAGAGCCUGCUUUUGAUUUCUUAACCGCAGUUAAGCGAUUGCCCUAUUUAUGUUUCCACUGACUUCUUAAUAGCUUGUGGGCUCAGUUGCCAUAUACCAGGCAUAGGCAAACUCGGCCCUCCAGAUGUUUUGAGACUACAGUUCCCAUCAUCCCUGACCACUGGUCCUGUUAGCUAGGGCUGAUGGAGUUGUAGUCCCAAAACAUCUGGAGGGCCGAGUUUGCCUGUGCCUGCCAUAUACCAUGUAAUCCAGUGGUUUGCAUUACUCAACUGGAUGGGGAUCAGAAAUUCAUGUUGGCGUGUAGAUAAUGACACUUGCCUAUUCCAGUUUUCUGGUGUAGGUUUUUUAUGGUAGCUGUAAAUAUUUAAUAAUGUGUUCUGCCCUCCAGAUGUUUUGAGACUACAACUCCCAUCAUCCCUGACCACUGGUCCUGUUAGCUAGGGGUGAUGGGAGUUGUAGUCCCAAAACCUCUGGAGGGCCGAUUAGGGGAUGCCUGUUUUAAACCGUGCCUCCCUUGCACGAAGAAAACUAGCAGGCCAGGGAGGGACGGAGGGAGCUUCUACCAUCUCUCUGGGCCUGCCGCUUUUCUCCUGGCAAGGGAGGCCCGCUCGCUUUCCGCCACGGAGCGGGGUCCGCCUCGGUCCCCUCACACACAGCCGGGUUCGGGCCUCCUCUCGAACCAAAGCGCCGCCGGGGCUUCGAGCGUCGGCGAGGCCUCCCAUUCGCUGCCAGGCCCGCGCUCCCCGCCUUCUCCCCACCCGGCUGUUGGGGCUCCGCCGCUCGGCCCGCCCGGCCUCUUGCAGCCGCGGCUCUUUCCCCCUCCCUUCGCCCCGCAGUUUCCGCCGCCGCCGCCCCCGCCGACUCGCGUGUGGCGGGCAGAAAGCGGCCCUGAAAGAGCUCGCGGAGCUGCGGGUCGAGGCCGCAGGACCCCGGAGGACGCCUCGCCCCCUUCGGGUGAUGAAGGCAGGAGGGAAAAGGCCGCAGCAGCAGCGCCUCUUUGGAAAGCGAGGUAAAAGAGAGGAAAGUUAACCCGGGGUCCGUCCUCCCCACAACGGCUGCAGAGGCUUCCCCUCAGAAAUGGUGGCGGAGGGGAAUUUCGAAGCGUGAAAGGGCCACGAGUAUUGGGUACCCCGGGGUGGGGAAGGGGCGUGUUGUACCCCGGGGUGCGUGUGAGGAGAACGAAAUCUCUUCCCGACACGUAUCUGUGGCAGUUAACGGCGUGACAGAAUCGGAUUCACCCCUUGUACUCCGGUCGACAGACUCGGGGGCGGCAAUGGGGUCGUUUGAACGCGGACUGCAGGGCUUCCCCAUAUCCCAUAGAUCGCUCUCUUUGGGGAGCGGGGCCGGGUCCAUUUCAUUUCAUUUCAUUUCAUUUAUUUUAUUUCAUUUCAUUUUAUUUUAUUUUAUUUUAUUUUAUUUUAUUUUAUUAUUUUAUUUUAUUUUAUUUAUUUUAUUUUAUUUUAUUUUUAAUUUAAUUUUAUUUAUUUAUUUAUUUUGCCCAAUGUUGAACUGUCACGCCGGAAGCCCUUGUUUGUGUUGGGGGUCACAUUAAUCCGAAGCUCUUCAGCCUGCCUUGUCUGUUUUGAAACCAUGGUGAUCUCUAACCGGGGUUUUCCGUCUCUGCAGAUCCCUCACAGAUAAGAUGACUUUCCAGUGGACAGCUGUUGCAGCCUUUCUCUAUGCCGAAAUAGCAAUAUUACUCUUGCUCUGCCUCCCGAUUAUUUCUCCUCUGAGGUAAGGAUAUUGCCGCAGGGGAAAUGACCUCCGUUUCAUCAGAAAAUAAUGGAAAGAGAAAGUACAGAUUGGAUUGCAACAUUGGCAGCAGGGUUUAGGACUGCCUUUUGCAAAUUAUUUUGUGCUAUAAGCCUACAGGUUCCAUUCUUCGGUAUUUAUAAGAGCGUUUAAAAAGCUGACUUGAUACUUAUGUUGUUUGCUCCAGGGGCCAAUAUGUAUUCACAGGUUGCCCCCCUCCCCUUUUCAUCUUUGCGUAACAGACAAAAUAGCUGUGCUGAAUCUCCCCAAAGCAAUAAAUAAAAUAAGCUGAACUACUUCCAGUGAGAAGAAUGCCUGCUGGUGAUAAGACAAUCAAAAUGGCAACUUUAAAAACUCUUUAUUUAUUAUUUGUAUAUAUUACCUUUGUUAAGUUUUUUUUCAUAAUUUCGUGUGUGUGUGUGUGUUUGGGUGGUUUUUUUGUUUAUUUGUUUGUUUGUUUUUUAAAUUCUACCUCUGAUGCUGCUCCCACAAUAAUCUUAACAAAAGCAUAUAAUAGGCAUUGAAAAUUUGUAAGAUUUAGAACUCCAUCGGUCACACGGUAGUAACGUUAAUGCCAUUGUUUUGCUGAUGAUGCUCAGACGAGCUUUUUACAAGUGUGGUCCUUGAUCAGAAUUAAUAUUGCAUUGACAACAGUAAUUGAUAGUGGUCCAUUGCCAGUGGUGAUGUAUUAGAAUCUUUGGUCAUGGUAGCAGUGGUCUUCUUUGCAUCACAGUAAUUAGAAUACAAAUACUGUGCUGUUUGCUUGUAUAUAUUUUCUGAAGAGAAUCUAUAUAAUAGUAACAUAAUAAAAAAUAAUAAUUAAUUCCUCGCCCAUCUGGCUGGGUUACCCCAGCCACUCUGGGCGGCUUCCAACACAUAAAAAUGCAAUAAAACAUCAAACAUUAAUAGUAACAAUCUGAUCCGAUAUAAAAGUAACAAUAAUUUUAAAAUAAACAACUUAUAUCAAACAAAGCAACAUUCAGCAAUACAUCAGAAUCUAAUAGUAAACAGUAAAAUUAAACACCAAUAAAUAAUAAUUAAACAGUUCACAGUUAUCAACCACAAUAAAGAAUUACCAGUCUACAAUCAAUAAAAAUAACAGCAAAUCACAAUGCAUAAAAUACUACAAAACUGUGUAAAACAGGCAUCCCCAAACUUGGCACUCCAGAUGUUUUGGGACUACAACUCCUUUCACCCCUAGCUAACAGGACCAGUGGUCAGGGAUGUUGGGAAUUGUAGUCCCAAAACAUCUGGAGGGCCGAGUUUGGGGAUGCCUGGUGUAAAAGGAUCAAAUUGGGAAACAAAGACACACAACUUUGGGCUGCCACAAAUUCUUAGCACAGGCAGAACUUUCUUAACUCUCCUUGACAAGUUGCCAGCUGACCAAACACUAUAAUCAUCUUAGAUUCCCUAAGUAAGUUACAUCAUCAACAUUAAUAAAGGGUUGUGUAUAUGAAAACUAAGAUAAAGCAAAGAUAAUUCACGUGGAAUUUUGACUAUGCCUCAUAGUCUAAAGCUGGAUCAGAAGUGGUCUCAUUAAGUUGAAUGGGGCUUAUUCCAAGGAGAAAUUGCAACCUCAGAUUUCUAAAGGGGUUUUCAAAACUCAGCAGCCUCUCUUUUUGCCACCAGUAUCCUAAGACUUAGGAAGGAACACUGAUUGGGAUUUGAAGAUCAGUAUUAUUUAUUAUUAUGAUUUAUUUAUUAGCAUUUAUCAGUCGCUUUAUACAAAAGAAAAGUGUCAAAGCAACUUGACAGGAUAAAUAAAACAAAUAAAAGCAAUUUUUUAAAAGCCAAGAAAAGAGGCAUUACAUGCAUCCUAACCUAAUCAGACUAUCUAUAAAAUGUUGGUAUGUUCACAGCAGUGGUCAUCAACCUUCAUUCUUAACUGCUUGUUGCUGAUUAAGAGACCUUUGUCCUUUUCCGGGGACUGUAGGUUCAGAGCUGCUUUUCCUGCUAGUCAUCCAGAGUUAGGCAAUAUAAAGCCUGCUUCUCAGAUUCUUUAGUAUAAUUUUAGCUUUGUUUAAAAAACAGUUUUUGCUAAAAGUGACUAGAUGCAAUAAAGGACAAGGGCAAUGUACCUAUAUCAAUGCCACCAGUUGAAGGUUUGAUUAUGCAUGUUACUGUGAUAGUUUUACUAACAAGAUAAUUGAAGGUGUGAUUUAAAUACACACAUCAAGGGAUUUUCGUCUUCAGAAUAAGGCUUUAAGAGGAUCUGAAAGCAGCAAAUUAGUCUCAUUAAACCUGGAUGCUAAAGAUACCUAGUCUAUCUCAUUAGAAGCAAGCAGCCUUGGCAGGUCUAGACUCUGAAUUCCAUAAGUUAUACCUGUUACCAUCAUUGUAGCUGUAAUGUGAUGAACAAAGGGAUUUUCUAUCUGUCAGUUCUUGGAGAUACAGGAACCUCCUCAGGGCUUGGGCCCAGUAAUACUGUCUGUACUAUAUUGCAGAAUUUUUGUGUACUGUAUACUUGCAACUACAGAGAAAUUGCAUUUUCAUUUCAAGCUGUACAGUACGGUUGCAUAUUGUGUGCAAUUAACUUGCACAAUUUCAGCCUUAUGCAGUUGAAAGCUGGCCAGCUGAAAUCCCACAAAUUAAUUACACAGAAGGCAGACAUCUUAAAACGCCUUUGCACUGGGUUUUCUCAGCAUGGAAAGAGCUUUUAAGCUUUCUUUCUUGCUUACCGGGUUCUGUAAUGCUCUCAUGAAAUCCUGGACAGUCCUGCAAGAUCUUGUAUGAAUACCCCAGAAUGUCUGUGAGAGCAUCCUAGAGCCUGGUAAGCAAGGCAGAGAGAUUAUGAUGAUGAUGUUUUAUUAACUUUUUAUACCACCCUUCAUCCAACAAUCACAGGGCAGUUUACAAUAUAAAAUACAUGCCACAAUAACAAACAAAAACAACACCCCACCUCCCGUUUAAAAGUUCUCUGUCUUUCUUGGAUAGUGAGGAUGGUCAUGUGGGGGCGGUUCCAAGGGGGUGGUUUGAGUAUACAGUACAUAUUUUUGCAUAUAUGUGCCCCCCCUAAGCAUAACCCCCAGGCAAGAUGCCAUUGUACUGUACUGUAAUUUUAAAAGGUGCUGAAAAAUUAUUCAGUGGAUUAUAGUGUGCACUUCAUAGUAGUCUUUUUACAAAUGAAGCUUCUUUCAAACACUGCAAUUUUGUUUUACAGAUGGGAGAAGGUUUUUAUGAUCUCUGUGUGGAGCAGAAUCAAAAACUACUGGAACAAGGGGUUCCUUACAAUUAUAGUUCUGUUAAUUGUUUUAUUUCUGGGUGAGUUGGAUAUCUCUCUUGUUUGUAUUAGUAUUCAUAUGCAUGUAAGUAAACCAACAAAGUUAAUGUGUUUGAGGGAUUAUUAUAUUUACUGUGAGUUAUCUUUGCUGUGAAUAGUUUGAGAAACCAAACAAAAAAGUUAGUGUUACACUUUUUGAAUCUGAGGCUGUAACAAGCCAUAUUCUGCUGGCAUGUUAGCAGAUAACAAAACAGAAUUCAGAUUUGGUAUGGGAAACCCAGUGAACACUUGUGGCAGGAAGUGAUUUUGAAGUAAUCAGUAGGCGGCGCUAUUUCUCUUUGGAGUAAUGCUUGAACUAAAAGGAAAACAGUUGCGCAAUGAAGUUUCUGGGAAUUUUACUGAGCUCUGUCAUCACUGAAUUUGUUUUUUUGGAGGAAGGGAAAUAGCAUUGCAUUUUAAGCUACUGCUAAAUAUGGAAUUGAAUGUGUUCCCUGAUGAUUACAAAGUUAGCUGUAUCUUGUAGCUUGUGGUUUUUAAGUGCUAUAUAUUAAACAUCUGUUAAGAAAAGCCAUCCUUUUAAAAUAUAAGGAACAUUACUAUUUUAUAAAAUUGCUUAAUCAUAAAGCUUGCUGUAGGUUAUAGAUUAUUUCCGUGGUCAUUACUUGAUAAACAGUCAAAGUCCUUGCUCUGUGCCCACAGAAAGUACAAAUCUACUUCCAGAGGGAUUCCCACUGCCAGUAGCCAGAACAGGGCAGCUAUACUAAUAAAAGUUAAAGAAGUUUUAUCGGGGGAGGGGGGACAAAAGCUUUUUGAUGCAGAAGCAUUAUGUACAAUAAUUGAUAAAAGAAGGCAACGGAAAACAAAUGCAAGUAACUCUCUCUUUUUUACUCGUAGAUGCUGUAAGAGAGGUGAGGAAAUACUCAAAUGUUAACUUAAGUGACAAAACUGCACAUACAAGUGCCAAUGCAUUGGAUCACAUUCAAAUGAAACUUUUUCGGUCACAACGAAAUCUUUAUAUCUCAGGAUUCUCUCUGUUUCUUUGGCUGUAAGUAUAGUUAUGUACUACUUACUACUUAGUAAUUCUGUCUUGUGCCUCUUGUAAGAAACUUGGUCCAAAAUGGAAAAAAAAGCAUGACUCAAACCCCAAGUUUGUAAAAAUAAUAAUAAUAUGCAAGUUGGGUGAGCGAAAAUGGAGGGUAAUGGUGAUUUAUGCAUGUUUGAGAGAGACAGAUUUACUAAUGGAAGUAAAUAAUUAAAAAGGAUAUAUUAAAGUGAAUAUGGGGAAAUGAAUAUGACUCCCCCAAAUGCUGUAUUCUGAAUUAAUACAGUCCUCUCACUGAAUUGUACUACAGUGGUACCUCGGGUUACAUACGCUUCAAGUUACAUACACUUCAGGUUACAGACUCCGCUAACCCAGAAAUAUUACCUCGGGUUAAGAACUUUGCUUCAGGAUGAGAACAGAAAUUGUGCGGCGGCGGUGCAGCGGCAGCAGGAGGCCCCAUUAGCUGAAAUGGUGCUUCAGGUUAAGAACAGUUUCAGGUUAAGAACGGACCUCCGGAACGAAUUAAGUACGUAACCAGCGGUACCACUGUAUUUCAGAAGACAGAUGGUAGUAUCGGUUGUUUCAAAACACUGCCUCUUGCAUCAUAAUUUUUCUGCAGAUGAAAGGCUUGCUAAUAAGGUUCUCAUAUGUACCUCCCAUGGUACUGUGAUCCUGUUUGUUUGAAUAGGAUUGUAUUCUAAAAUCCUAUUCUGAAGCUGGAUGACUCUAGGAUUUAACACAACAGAUAUUCUGAUAGAAUACCCCAAAUGCACAGGUAGAACAUUAGCAAAGCAGCCAAAAUUGGUUAGAGUCUCGAGUUGGACAUGGGCAGUAUAGAAGUUUAGGGCUGCCUUAUGUCCUGGACCAGGGGUCUGCAAGGUUUAUCUUGCCUGGGCCAGAUAGGUCCCAUGGAGAUCCCUCUGUGGGCCGGAUUGCACGCGUGCCCACAAUUUUCUGCGCAUGCGCAGACACAAUUUUUGGUGCCACAGAAGCGAGUUCGGGGGCAGCUCUUGGUCCGGUCAAACGACCUCUGCAGGCCGCUUCUGGCCCAUGGCCCUUAGGUUGCUGACCCCUGUCCUGGACAUUACCGGGAUUUCAAAGGAUGUGAUGCCUGGGGGGAUUUCCGGAAGGCAACGGUUUGUCCUGGAUCUUUGGCAAUUUAACUGAGGAAUCAACACUAUAUUGUAUGUCGCAAGCAUGGGAAACCCAUAGGUUGAAUGUGGGCCACAGGCAGAUUUUAUCUGGCCUCCAGUUCUUGCAGUCAUAACCUGAUGGUUCAGUAGGGAGGAGAAAGGGCUUUGCCUUUGUGCAAUUGCAGCUUGUUCCUCUGCAAGUAGAUCAAAGCAAUGUCUCUGCAGACUUGCAUUCCUCACAAGUAUAGGAAAAGUAGUACAGAAAAUUUCAUGCAAUUUUCAGGCUGCAAUUGCAUUUUAAAUAGCUAUAAAACAGGGCUUGGAGUUCAGCAGUACAUUGACCUUAUUUGCACUCUUCAGGGAUUACUGUUGAGAUUCUACCUCGCACACAGUCAGGCCCAAGAAAGGUUGUUGGAGAACUUUGGUUUUUUUCCAAACUUCACUUUUUAAGCCUGUGAGGAAAGUAAAAGGUGAAACUCUAGUGGAGCUACUAAGAAUUAAACAUAUGCAUCUAUUGUAAUGAAAAAAUAGCUUUUUUUUUGCAUAUGAUUUUGUGUGGGUGGAAUAGUUACUGAUAGUUUUUCUCUGGGGUAAGGUGACACUGCUCCUGAAAAAGGUUCCUCACUCAUUCUGUACUCCUGCAGUCUAUGGCCAUGAUAUGUCAGUUCUGGGCUGUUCUGGCAUUUCCUUGUUUGCUUCUCCUUUCUCCACAUACUAAGUUCAUUCCGUUGGCAUAACUGGCAUAUCUCUUUCCCUGAGCACAAUGUGAGUAUGUAUAGGAUUUCUAUGCUCUCUGAUUUAACUGCAACUAGCGAAACUGAAACUACCUUUACUGCUGCGGAGUUCAGACACUAAACCAGGGGAAAGAAUGGUGGCUAAUGAGAUGUAUUUUUAACAUUGUCAGAAAGUAUUUUUAUUUUCUGAAUAGCGGUGGCUAUGUGGCAAUAACUGGGGCUCACAUCUAGUGUUUAGAUAAAAUGACUUCAAAGCACCUGGCCAAUCUAGGUCCUGGUUCAGCUGCAAGUUGUAAUAGCAUCUUAAAAAAUAAAGCAGUUCAUGUUUCACAUAACAGAGCAUCUUUUCUCAGCAUUUAAAGUAAAAAGUUAUUGAAGACUUUAAAAAAAAUUAUAACACGACUUAUACAUUGAUACUGUAUUCUUUUCUAAUGGGUUCAUGGCUUUUCUGGUUUCCACAGUGUACUGAGACGUACCAUUUCCCUUAUCACUUCAUUGGCAAAAAAGAUGGGAGACCAGAAAGCUCUAGAAAUGGAAGUAGAAAAUAUCAACAAAGUUGCCAAGAAGUGCUUGGAAGAGAAUGAAAAACUUCAAGUAUGUUUCACAGUUGAAUGGGUUGUGUUUUGUUUUUAAGUGCAUUUUACCACUUUGACCCGGUUCGCAUGCUGCUCUAAGCUAAGAGUGAAUGCGUGAGUAUGAGAGUUCCUGGAGAGGAGAAAGGGACUGCGUUGAUCCAUCUGUAGUGUUGCUGAUGUGAGCUAAGCCAUGGUUUGGCUUAGCAUGUCACCUGACUGCAGGUUGUGGUUUGUCCCACUUCAUACAAGCCACUUCAGGUAAACGAAUGACAACUCGUAGUUUGGCCAUCGUAUUAAGCGUGUGUGUGUGUUUUAAAGAAAGUCAUACUAGCCUUGUAAAUUAGACCUGGGUGCUAUCCAGCCCCCCGCCCCCAUGACAAUAACAAUUUGUCCUAAAGCCAUAAAGCAAACAUUUUGCAGUAUUGAGGUGAUAUUGUUUAAUCAUCCGUCACCUUUCUGUAUAGAUACUGAAAGGCUUGUUUGGAAUUUUUGUAAUCUAUUUUGCAUAUAUUUACAAGACCCUCAGACCUCAUGGAUUUUUUUUAGAGAGCUCACACUAAAAUCCAUUAACAAUUUUGACACAAAACAUUAGUCAUACCUUCAUAUCUCUAUCACUUUUCAAGCAAUAUAAAAGUGGAACAAAGUUUUUUUAGUUCCCUCAGCAGCUCAGAAUCUGUUUGGCGCUGCUUCCUUGGCGCUGUUUGGCGCCUAGUCUAGAGGAACAUGAUGCUAGAAUACACUGAGUCAUUUCUGGUGAGGGACUCCAGUUCUGUGCUUGUUUUCUUUGUACAGAGAUUUCUUAAUACAGGGAAUCAUUUAAAAAUAUCUGAUCUUCAGAAUUUGAUCAACUCAUUCUCCCCCCCUCCCUCCUCAGUGUCUCUCAUAUUCUGAGGUGGUCACGUUCAUCUGCUGCAUGUGUAAACCAAGAGUGAUUCUACACUAGGUGUUUGUUGUGGAAUUGCUUUGUUUGCUUGCUGUUUAUGGGUCAUCUGCAUGUUGUUCCCAUCAAAAUCAUCCUCCAGUGUUUCCUCUAUGCUUCUUCUGUCUUUUUCAACCUGCACAAAAUCAAUUUGGGGGAGGGGAGAGCACAACAGUAGCUUAAUCUCUGCAGCUAAUAGAUUGUCUUAGCAUUAGUUUUGAGAUGUGCUGGGUUAAGAUUAGGGUCAGUGUGAUUAAGUGAGUUGUCUCACCCUUAAUUCCCACCAGUAGUGUGGAUGGAUGGACACACAGACACACACAGUUCUAUACCCCUCUGAAGUAUAGAAAGUCAGUUGUAAUUCUCCACCUAGUUUACAGUGGAAUUACGAUGAGUGGGUGCCGUUAGGAACUGCUAAUCUGGAAGCACCCCAAGCCUUAAUUUCACAUGGGUAAAGACACAUUGUCACUUUCAUCGCUAUAAUUGUGUUUCAUUUUGGUAGCACAGAAAAUAUUAAACAGAUGGCAGGCAUAGUGUUACAUACUUGGGCUGUGAGCCUGUUCACCUCAUCCUACACAUGAUGAUCCGUGUUCAUACACACAGAUUAAACAUGGAGAUAGAAACUUUGGUGGUCAGUUGUUUAGAAUGGAGGGAGGAAAAAAGGCUCUGGAUUCAGAUUCCCAUCACCAUAAAAUGUAGCUGUCAAAGUCAGCCAUUGAAUCAACUCUGCUUGCACAGUCUCAUUCCAUCAAGCAAGACUAUACGUGGGAAACACAAAUGCAACCACCCAGAGUGGCUGGGGAAACGCAGCCAGAUGGGUGGGGUAUGAAUAAUAAAGUUAUGAUGAUUAUUGUUGUGUGUGCGGUAUCCAGUUUUGCAGGAGAAACACAUUUAUGAAAUGCAUAUGAAUCCUCAUGGCUUUUUACAGCAUACGUAAAAUGGUCCAGGGGUGAGAUCCAACAUAGUUAAAAUGAAUGUCCGGUCAUGUAUUAGGGCAUAUCCUUCCUCUUCACUCCCUAUGCACAUCCAAAACUUGCACUGGAAGGUUGGGGGACCUUCCAGUUUAGAUUGGGGGGAAUGAGGGGGGUGGAGAAGCCAAAAGUCCUAUUACUCAAGCAGCUAAACAUCUUUGCACGCUGUCCAGAUUCCCUGCUUGAAAGAGCUCUUAAUUGAAAGUUACACUGGCAAUUAAAUGGAGGCUCAAAAAGGCAAGGCCAAAAAGAGAUGAAUGUGUCAAAUAUAGUUAAAGUGUCAAACUUGAACAAAAUGAAGAAGACGCCAAACCUUUUGACUUACUAAUUAUAAAGAUUUUAACAUAUCAUAUCUGUAACUGUAAGUUAGUAAUUAAUGCUUUCUUUCUUUUUGUUUGUUAAGGCAUAUGUAAAUAUAUUAUUCUAGAAAUUGGGUUGGUCUCUAAUAUUUUGAAUUGAUAGGAAGUCCAUAGCAGCAAAGGCCUUUAUUCGGGAUCAGGUAAAGGUUAAUACAGAAGCAUUCAUAGCGCUAGGGAAAAUUAAAUGAGAACCUUUGUUUAUAAAACGAUGGGUCUAGGUGAGCAGAAAGUGUGUUAUGCAAAUUACUGUGUUUCUUCCAAACCACCAUUGAAGGAAAAAAAGCAAAAUGUAGGCUCUGCUUUUUAUUGCACCUGUUUCACUUUUUCUUAUUGUUACAAUUACUUUGAAACAGUAAUUGUAAUCAGGAAAAGUAACUAAUAUUUUUUCCUUUUACCAGUCAAUGAAAGCUAAAUGUGACAUGGGAGAAGUGUCCGAUGAAGAGCUACAGGAAGAAGUGAAAAAGCUGAAAGACGAAUUAAAGAAAACUUCACAUGGUACUUUUUUGCCAUUUCACACUGCUUUAUCUUGUGGUUUUCUGUGUUGAAAGCCCCCAAAAGAGGGUUUUGACCAUAAAAUAUUGUAUAAAAGGUACUUUGUCGGUAAAGGGCUGGGUGAUGGCCCAGAUUUGUGCCAUGCAAGGGCAGAAGAAAACCAAUAACAGAAAAAUCAAAGACAUAAAGAUUGGGCCUGAGGUCAGGUCUUUGUGCUAGUAUGAAGAAAUUACUUUUAAAAUGUGCAACAUUAGAAACUCUGAAGUUAUGAACUGAAAGUAACAUUUCUUUAAGAGGAACAGAAGAGACCCAAAAUUGUUCUCCUCCUCUCGUAACAAGACCCCCCCUCACUUAUUGUUUGCUUCUGUGUUUGACUUGGGCUGUCUUGAUGAAACAACACUGAGAUAAGGCAGAUUUUUUCCUGGUCGUGUGUGUUAGUUCUGGAUCUUGCAAGAUCUGUUACCCUUCUGUAUAUUUACUAGGCUGAAAUGAAGGUCUUGUAUAGCAUUGCUCCUGACCUUGUGAAGCCCAGACAACUAAAAUGUACUUCUUUGACUGUGUGCAGAACAUUGCAUAACCAUUAUGUAUUUUAAAGCAAACUUACAAAUGCAUCCAUUUCAAAAUCCUAGCUGGAACAACUCUCUAUCCUAGUUUAUACUGACUUUAGUGAACACUUUCAAACCCACUGAGAAUUUUUGCCAGUUAGGAUGAGUGCAUUCCAAAUAUUUAAUUGUGAGGUUGAUUAGAAAUAAGAACACAUGAACAUAUGUAUUCUGGCUUUCAUUCAGGAAGCUCAAAAUGUUUUUUUUUAAUACCACCAGCCCUGCAAGUUAUAAAUACAUAGUGAAUCUCUCAGCUGAAUACAGAUUAUUGUAUCCAGAUUUUGGAGGCUUUUAAAAUAAUGCUGCCAUCACAUUUUUAUUCUAUGCAGAAAGAGUUUCCAAGUGAAACUAAAGCUACAAUUCCAUCCAUAGCAUUCUGAAAGUGCCCAAGAACACUAUCGAAAUUCAGUGGACCCAUGGCCAAGAAUCUCAGUUAAACAAAGCAUUUUCUUUGUGAGAAAUUGUGCAUCUUCUGUGGAUUUUAUAUCCAGAACUACAAUUUUGUGCUUUAAACAUUAAAGUCUUAGUAAGUAAAACGGUUUAUUGAUUGUGCGGAGAGGAGUGCAGUAUAGUUAAAAAUGCAUAAGAAUUCCAUUAGAAUUAAAGGGAGGGUAACCCAUCUUUAAAAUUAUAAUCCAUAAAACCCAUGGAGCCACCCACAGUCUCCUUAAUUGCAGCAGCACACCACUGAGAGCAUCCAGCAAAAGCUCAGGCAAACAGAUCAGUCUUUAUCUGGCCCUGUAAUAAUAAAAGCAUCAGUACCAAGUGUACUUCUAGGGUGAAGGCAUUCAAAAUUCAGGGUGCCACCCUGAAUCACCUCUUAGUGUAGUAUUCCAAAAGGUGUGACAACAACCACAGCUCCCCCUGAAACUAAGGAAAUAUGAUACAGGGAGAAGAAUUGCUUCAGAUAUUUGGGUCCCAAGUUGUUAAAGGUAGUUAUUGUCAGUACCCCGAAUUCAGCCUUGAAAUAUAUGGGUAGCCAAUGCAGAUCUUUCAGAAUCAGUGUGAAAGUGAUUCUAGCUACCUGCUCUGGUCAGCAUUCUGGCAGCCAUGUUCUGUACUAAAUGUGGCUUCUGAGUCAUUUUCAAGGAGAAUUAGAGCUGGGUGUCACCAGCGUACCAUUGGCACAUUUCUUCCAAUCCCCUGACGGCAUCCCACAGUAGCUUUUUAUAGACGUUGAUCAUGGGGGACAAGAUGGAACCUUAUGGGACCCCAAACUACAACUGCCUUAGAGGCUCCACAGGUCACCCAAUGCUAAUUUCUGAAAUCUGUCCUGUAGGUAGAAAUGGAACCACUGUAUCACUUCACCCUCAGCUUCUAACCCAUAGAGCCAAUCCAGUAAGAUACCAUGGUUGAUGGUAACAAAAGCCACUGAGGAAGAUCAAGGAAAAUCGAUAGGGAUAUCUUCCCUCUGUCCCAACGAAAAGUGCCUGUCAGGGUGACCAAGGUCAUCUCAGGGCUAGAAGUGAGCCUAACCCGGAUUGAAAUAGGUCUAGUUAUUUCACUUCUUCUAAGGGCGCCUGGAGCUGUCUGCCUGCCACCCUCUUAAGCAUCUUACCCAAGAAGGGGGUGUUAAAAAGAGCCAAAAACAGAUUAAAACUUGCAUCUACUUUCUGAACAUAUGGCUAAAGGUAAAGGUAAAGGUACCCCUGCCCAUCAGGGCCAGUUGUGACCGACUCUAGGGUUGCACGCUCAUCUCGCUCAAGAGGCCGGGAGCCGGCGCUGUCCGAAGACACUUCCGGGUCACGCGGCCAGCGUGACGAAGCUGCAUCUGGUGAGCCAGCACCAGCGCCGCACACGGAAACGCCGUUUAGCUUCCCGCUAGAAAGCGGUCCCUAUUUAUCUACUUGCACUUAGGGGUGCUUUCGAACUGCUAGGUAGGCAGGAGCUGGGACCGAACGACGGGAGCUCACCCCGCCGCGGGGAUUCGAACCGCCGACCUUUCGAUCGGCAGGUCCUAGGCUCUGUGGUUUAACCCACAGCGCCACCCACAUCCCUCCAAACAUAUGACUAGACUUGUAUAAAUAAAUAAAUAAACAAACAAAAUGAAGGUGGCAAAAAGAGUAUGGUGAAGUCUCCUGUCUCAUAUAAAUUGGCAGGGAGUUCCAAAGUGUAGGUGCUGCCACUAAAAGAUCAAGUUAUUACAAAUGCAGAGCAGGUAUUAUGUGGCACUUGUAACACUGCCAGCUCCUCCAGUCAAGGUGGUCAGACGAUGUUGUCCCUCCCCGAUAUACACGCAAACUUAAUUACUAGAUAAUCAUGUCAGCAUGAGAGCUGUUAUGAUUUGUUAUGAUUAGGAACUCCAUCUGCACUUUAGACAAUUCUGAAUUCAGACACCUUUGGCAAGUCAUUGUUCUCUCAGUCCAUCUUCCCUAUCUGCAAUAUGGGAAUAAUGUUGGCCCAUUGGGAUUUUGUAAAGGUUGCUGAUGUGUGCAUUUAAGCCCCUGAAAUAUGUGAUAAAAAUGCUUAAUAGCAGCAGUAUUGAUGCCUGUGUUCAUUUAUAAAUAUUUCCAACACACAAUGGUAUACCUGUUUAAUUAUGAGUUUUAAUUACAUGCCUCUAUGUAUCGGGUGUUCUCAAAAAAAGAUGACAUUUCAAAUGAGGAGGAAAAAGUAACGUUUACACAAUGUUUGCUGGCUCUUAUAAACAGACAUAGCUUGUAUACAAAAUAAAUGUAAUAACAUUGUUCUCCUUGAUGAACUCUUUGCUAUAGAGUUUUUCUCUGUUCAUUCAGACAGCUAUGCAGCAAGUUAACCUAUAAUGUUGCAACAACAAAGUCAUUUUUAUGAUCAAAAUUGAAAGUAGCUUUGUAAAAUUCGACACUAGAACUGACACAGGAGAGGGAAAAUAUUGGUGUUCCUGAAUGUGUUCAGUUUUUUAACUGACAUUUUCCUAAAGAACCAAUGGCAGGCAGUUGUCUUAUUUGAAGUUUAAAAACGGGCUCUUAAAUUCAGAUUUAAAGGAUUGAAUUAUGUUCUGCUGGCACAACAAGACUUUUAUCUUCUCUCUGCCCCAAUCCCUCCAACUUCUCUCCAAAUGUGCACCUAACCAUUUCCAGCUGGUUUUGAGAGUACACAGGUAGGUUGCACAGUUUCGGCAUCAGAGAUGGCCCAAAUAAUUUAAAGUCAUUUUAUAAAAGUUGACAAACUUGCUUAUUUACUAUAUGAAUAGGGGGCAUAGAAAGGUUACAUAUGGACUGCGGUUUGUUCUUUCUCACUGGGCCAGUGAGGAAGAAUCAUGUAAAACUUGUGUUCCAGACUUCUCCAGUAGCUCUAAAUCACCUAGGAGGUGUCCCAUAUAUAGCAGCAGGUAUAAUAAUAAUAAUAAUAAAAAUAAUAAGUAUGUGUUGCCCAUCUGACUGGGUUACCCCAGCCACUCUGGGCGGCUUCCAACAAAUUAAAACACAAUACGACAUCAAAUAUUAGCUUCACCAAACAGGUGUCAUCUAAAAGUCAGAUAUUUAUUUCCUUUACUUAUGAGGGAAGGGAGUUGCACUACCGAGAAGGCCCUCUGCCUGGUUCACUGUAACCUCAUUUCUCUCAGUGAGGGAACUUUUCAGAAGGCCCUUGGAGCUAGAUCUCAGUGUCCGGGCUAAAUGAUGGGUAUCAUGCCCUAUUCUCAAAAUGACUGGGAAUUAACCUAAAGCUACUCAUAAGGCUUCUGUUUGUCAUAUAAACAUGCCAUGGGAAUAUAUAACCAUAUCUUACAUUUUACUGAGCUUGCAACCAUGAACAUCUCAGCAGGCAAUAAAUCCAUGAAAGAGGAUGGACAGACAUUGAAACAGCAUGUGCCUCAGGGAAGGGCAAGUGUCAGAUAGGGGAUCUUGUUAAAGCUCAGGGUGGAAAGAGUGUGGUUGGGGUGAGUAGAAACUGGCAGAAGACAGGAGAACAGCAUGGGCUGGAGGUUGGAACGCUCCUGGGGAGAAAGAGGGGGGCAAGCAGAAGACAGCUUGGGGAGAGGAGAUUUUCCUGCAGUCUAUUGAAGGCCCAUUUAGUGCAUAGGGAAUUUAUUAACUAAAGCCUGGGCUGUGGGCCUCUGGUUUCUCUGUAGUGUGUUAGGUUAUACAUUCUUUCAUGAAUGUGUAUUAUAUGUAAACCCAGCAUUACAUGUAAAAUGCAAAAUCAUUCACUCUUUAUAUAUAAGCAAAAUUUUGAAUCAGAUACUGUGUUCUGGCAUCCUAAAGAUUCAUGUUAGUGUCUUACAGUAGUUGGCAACUAAACUGCCAACAUUGCCUCUGCAUCAGACAGCUGAAACAUUUUUUUUCAUUCCUUUUAUGCCCAAGGAGCUUGGGGCGAUGUACAAAAUACAUACAAUAAAAAGGUACAAUAGCCAACAUACUUGAAAAUAUUUAUAAAAUUCAGAACCAUUAAAACACAGCAAAACCAUCUGUUGCUGUUCAUUAUUGAAAUAAUCUAGCUUCUUUUUGUAAAAUGCCAGAGUAAAAAAACCCACCAACUGACAUCUGAUCAUAAUAAAGCAUGCAACACAAACAUAUCCCAGGAGAAGGGGCUUCUAGAAUUGGAAGGCCUUGUUGUGCAGCCCUGUAUGGUGAAUCCUUGGGGGUUAGGGCAUAAGCAGAGCCCCCUGCUCAUUUUAAUGCUUGACUUGGCUUAUUUUAUAGAAGUCGAUUCUGUAGAUAUAUAAGCCCUGUAAUAUAUACACUUUAGAAGCCUUGAACCAGCCCCAGUAGCACACAGAUGUCCAUUGCAGUGCUUCUAAGAUUGGUGUUACAUGUUCCCAUCUGACUGAGCAGCUUCAUUCUGCAACUUCCAGGCAGUCUUCAAGGGCAGCCCCAGAUACAACGCAUUAUAGUAACCCAAAUGUAAGAUUGCUAGAGCUUGGGUUACUGAUUCCAGACUAUCCCAGUCCAGAAAUGGCCCAUAGCUGGUGAACCAACAUUAGCAAGCAGUAGGCACUCCUAGUUUGAGUUUGAAAAUAAGUUUUUCCUGUACCCGGGUAAAAUCCUUAGACAUUCGGCUGGGCUAUUUGUACAGCUCACAUGCAUUUGUAACGCAUGUUUGUCUUUUGAACUACAUUGGCAAAUGCUUAUUAUAGGGCAUAUGUGGUAAUAAGCACUCUGUUACAGGUAGCAAAAAUAUUUCACCUUCAAGGGACCUACAACUCACUGCUGACUUUAGGGUGCAGUGUUCCAGGCACUGCUGAACAACUUCCUUUUGUUUCGACUGAAGCUUAAUGCAAGUUCUACUGAAGUGCAUCUAUUUUACUCUGCUAAAUGUGGCUUGGGACAAAUAACCUUUUCAUAGCAUGUAAAAAGCUGUUCAAAUACUCCACUCAGAUGCAGUAAAAUGAAAACCCAGCCUUCUGGCAACUUCAGGGCAAUUCUACCCCAUUUCAGUGAGUAGGUCCACAGAAGGUUGCUUCCUAUUUCUAAGGACACUGAGAACAGAAAAAUCUAACUGAAAUAGUGUCAUUAUGUUGUCCGUGGUAUAUUUGAAGAGAACGGAACGCCAGUAUUAAAUUUGUUGUAUUUCUGUGUGUUUAACCAUUUUGUGCACUUAAACACUAUUUUAUGUUACGUUUCAUUGGAAUAUUAGGAUAUAGGGUGAAGUGAGCCUAGCAUGAUGCCAUGGGCUGGCUGGAUGCUGGUGGGAGGCACCAGCUGGGGAACCCCCAAGGGGGCACCCCAGGGGAAGAAGGCUCAGAGCCAGGGAAAUGGUGGUGGGACAAUGAGGAGUAGUUAGAGGGAGCAGACUGGGAGGUGUUGGAAGCUGUAGAGGUAACAGGGUGAAGCGGAGAUUGGAGUGGAAUGGGGCCAGGAGACAGACGGUCAGGUUACGGAAGAAGCUAGGGAAUCUGAACUACUCACAAUCUGGUAUCAUUGGAAAACAGCCCCUGAAAAAAAAUAUUCCAUGCAAUUUUAUAUAGGCACUAUAGUGCUUACCUGCCCACCCACAUCCCACUAACUCCCCCAGAAUGUCAUCUUAUCGCUCUAAGUCUAGACUGAGGAAGGUUUUUUGUAUGCUGGACCUUGACAUUCUUCUGCUAAGAAGACCUCACCCAUCCUGUCACAAGUGUAUUUUUGUCAAAACAUAGCAACAAUGCAAUAAAUGUUUUUCUGUGCUCACCUUCAACUAUCUCCAGAUAUCUUGGUUAUGAUUAAAGACAGGAUUGUUUUUAGUUACAACUAGAGCACCUUGCCAGUCCUUCAUAAAACACUCAGUAAUUAGUUACUGUUGGAUCAAGUUACCGAAAAAUGGAAUUUGCAAUCUAUUAUAAUGGCAACUUCUUUAACAUGAAUAAAUGCUAUAGAGCCAAUUACUUUUAUUAUUUUUUUAACCCUCGGUUGCUUCUAAGAUUUACACCACCUUGUGAUAUAUUCUAAAAAUAGGAGGAUAAUGUUCUUAAUAGUACUUUUUAUAAUGUAUUAUAAAAUAGGAAGGCUUUGAUGUAUUAAAUCAUAUAUAGUAGUCUUGCACCACCAAAACCAUACUAUUAUAACAGAACUUGCAGCAAUGCUUCACUAUCUCAUCUGUUCCCUACGCCACUUUCCUUUCAGUACCUGAAGCUCCUUUUUCCUUCCACCAGCACACAGGUCUCUAGACGUGACGUUUUUCUCUUCCAAGCUGACCUUUCACAUUUUUCACACAAACUUCAGCAUUCUUCUGUAUCCCCCUUAUGCAGUUAGUAUGUGUUGAACAUCAGUUGUGUAAAAGCAGCUCACGCAUUGGCAAGGAUUUCCUGUCAUGCGGCAGUCAUUUGUUAUCCUGUUAUAUAGCACUGUAAUCUUAAAAAAAACAAAAAACAAACCAGGUAUCAUUUAAUGCACAAGUAUUUUGUCCUAAUGCUGUUAUUCAUGUGUUGAAUAAUACUACUCCUAUGUUAUGCAGCUCUCAGCAAGGCCAAAGAUGACUUUUCUACAACUCAGAAGCGGUGUGAAGGCCUUAGAAAAGAAUAUGACCAACUUACUAAAGAAUACAACAGAAUGCAGGUAAGGUGGUGGAAGCAGUUGAUUUGCUCGAGCAAGACUUCCUGGAAUUAGACUAGCCGUGUUGUGUGUGUUGAAUCCAAAAAAAAAAUUAUCAGACAACAAUCUUUAAUUCUGUGUACGUCUGGACAAUGUUCUUUCAGAAUAAUGAGAAUACUUAACUCUUAAGUUUUCCCAGAACAGUUGUUGAACUGGAACCUACUUUGUUUUAAAACAAACGUGAAUUAUUUCAUCAAUAAUAUUGUAUGUUCCUUGAAUAGUAGCACAGAGGAAGAGGAAGAAACUCAAAAAAGGGGUUUCCCCUUCUUUAAAAAGAUUCUGAAUUUGGUUCACAUGUCACAGUAAACCAUAAACCAUCAUGGUUUACAACACGCAAGUAUGUCACCCCUGCUUUUCACUCACAUGGGGAGGAAACAAGCAACAGUAUGCCUAAACCAUUUCUUUAUUUUGUUAAUUUAUAAUUUGCCUUUCACAUGUAUCUCAAGACAGUUUAGAAACAUACCAUGAAAACUGCUGAAAAUAGUUUUGAAAGUCAACUAGAGAUAGGUUUAAACCUCAAGAUCAUGGUUUGCUUCACUCCCAGCAAGCCAUGAUCUUUGCCAAGGUUUGCUCUCAGCUUACUAAUCAUGCUUUGAUCCCUGGUUCCAACAUAAUGUUAAACCAGGGAUUGUGUUUUGUUUCUUCUGCCCGCUAGCUGGGAGGAACAAAACAGCCCAGAUAGGAAUAUUCACAAUAAACAAGUUAGAGUUGAGCAAAACCAUCAAUUGUAGCUAUUAGGGUACUUUUUACAAGGCUAAUUGCACUGGCGGAGAGGCAAUUUUGUGACACCUUUAUGCUGACAGUGCUCCUUCAUACUGCAGUAAGACUUGAAAAAGACUUCUAUUGGAGCCAACAGAAGGCUUCUUUGAAGCUUAAUUGUUGAGGAGACAAUUUUCAGAGGGGAUAGUCACAGCUGGAGAGUUUAGCCUUCCCUUCUUCACUGCAACCCCCCUCCCCUGCCACACUUAGGCUUGAAUGAAAUAUUUUAUUGGCUACAGUAGAGAGCUUUUCCUAUCCCAAGCCAUUGUUGGGAGUUCGUAUCUUCCUCAAGAUUGCAGCCUUUUUCAAACCUUUUUUUAAGGUGGGGAGAUGGAGAGGGGGACUGUGCAUGUGUGAGAGUUUUCACGUGUGUGUGUGUGUGUGUGUGUGUUUGCUUGCAGUGGAGGAUGAGUGGUGCCCACAACAGUUUCUUAGGUUUCCAAACAUGCCAGGGAUUGGCAGCCUAUAGUGUACACAUUAACUCUGUGGUCAUCCUGAUGCACAAGUUACCCUGUAUAAAGAUAGCUUCACUCCUUUUCUCACAUGUGUCUCCUUACCUUUACAGUGUUCUUCAGGUGGAAAACAUGAUAAGAAAGGCCAGUAA